GGCGCAUCACUCCCACGACACUUGACAAGGUUUCGAUGCAAAUGUUACUUGGGCGGCUACGGAUCUUUGUUUUAUUUAAGACAAAACAGCGACACCGACCAAAAUCAGUGUCGGAGAGUUCGAGGAAAUAAACUCGUGAAAAUGGAGAGGAGGAUUUUUGGCUUGAUUCUGCUGUUUCUGGUGUUGUCAGGUGUCGGCGCCUAAGUGGACAUCCCAAAGGAUCUCUAUGAGCAUGCUAGGGGAGACAACAUCACACUGCCCUGCAGGUUCACCACCAAAGUCACCGGCAAAAUAGUCGUCAUAGCCUGGUCUGUGGAAACUGGCACCAAAGAGGUCCAGAUCGUCACGUAUUACUCUGCUGGUAGCAUAACUGACAUCAAAUCGAUUUACGAAGGCCGAGUGUCCCUCGAUGUGGACAUUGCAUCAGGAAAGGCCGACCUGAAACUGAACAGAAUCACACUGGAUGACAACAAGAUGUUUGAGUGUCGCGUCCUGGUCCCCGGGGACGAUGAGGGCAAGCCGGCUGACACGGCACGUUUGGUGGUUCUAGUGGCACCCUCUACGCCGAUCUGUAAGAUCCAGGGAAAAACAGAGUACGGCCAGAACAUCAACUUGACGUGUGUGUCUGAGGAAGGCUCCCCGAAACCCACCUACAAGUGGCAAAGUCGAGAUGUCAAGAACGUCCCUCGCAUGGCCAGCCCAAAAUCCACUGAGAAGGGAGGCAUCCUGUCUCUGUAUAAUAUCUCCAAAGACUCAUCAGGAUACUACACCUGCACCUCCACAAACAAGAUCCGCUUCGCUAUCUGCAACAUCACCCUCUCAGUCAUGCCACCUUCCAUGAACAUCGGCUCCACUGCAGGAAUCAUCGGUGGCGUUGUGGCUGCGCUAAUUGCACUCAUCAUCAUCAUCUAUUGCUGCUGCUGUCGGAAGAAGAAGGGGGACGAGGAGGAAUACGCCAUGGGAGUUCGGAAGGAAGAGUACAGCGACAAAGAGCCGGCUGGAAAUGGCGAGAGUCGCCGUGCCGAUGGUCAAGAGGACCCACAAGGUUAUGAGGACUCCAUUGUGAGGAGACCUGACCGCUCUGAAGAACGGAGUGAGCGCAACUAUGAUAGCCGCAGCGACUAUGACGAUCGCCGCAGCGACUACUCUGACCGCCGUGACAAGUACAGUGAUCGCCGUGAGCGCUACGACGACGACCGCCGCGAUGACGAUGAUCGACGCUAUGAUAAUGACCGUAGAGGUCGUCCAUAUGAAGAUGACAGAGACCGGCGUUAUGAUGAUGAUGAUGACAGAGGCCGACGUUAUGAUGAUGAUGACAGAGGCCGACGUUAUGAUGAUGAUGACGACGACAGAGACCGACGAUAUGAUGAUGACCGCUAUGAUGAGCCCUAUGAUGAUCAGGAACGUAAAAGACCACCUCUGCCACCCGCUAACAAACCAAGGAGCGACCUUAAUGACUAAAGUGAACCACCUGUACCACCACUUUCCUCCCUAUGAAAGACGUCUGAGAAAAAUGGCUGCUGUGUGAAUAUGCUCAAUUGACUACGGUCCAAAAGGUGGCAAAGGUGAUAUAAUUGGCCUGAAUGCCACAAUACUACUUUUAAGUUUUUAGCUGUCAUUCUAAGUUUUAGAGUGGAAUAAUUUUGAGAGUCAAGGUUUUUGGUAGAUUAGUCGAGGAAGUGCAGGGAACCUGAAAAGUCUGUCUGAUCCUUUUUUUAACAGGGAUUGGGUGAGUGGGUGGGAUCAACUGUUACAAACCAACUGGUUCAUACAAACACUGUCUAAAUAUAAAGUACAGGAAAAACAUUUCAAAAAUACCCAAGAUAAAAAAUAAAAAUAAAAAAAACGAUCAGGAAAAGGUUUUUAAAGAUCUGUAUUAUUCAAAACUUUGUGUUUUUCAGCUUGAAAAUGACUAUGCAAUGCCUUAUGUCUGUGUGUGUCUGGAUAUGAGGCGACUUCUGCUGUUGGGUUUCAAUGGUGGCCAUUUGUUAGUUUGGUGCUGAAAAGGGCUUCAUUUGUGUGCCAUAGUUAGACUGUAUUGAAUUAUUUUUGUUUAUAUGACUAUCUUUUACAGUAUAUCCUUCUUUAGAAAUAUACACAAGUCACUGUUUUGGGUACUUUCUGUUUGAUUCACAUCAAUAACACCUAGAACUACAACUUCCUGUGAUUGUUGGGAUUGAUUAUGUCACCAGUCACCACAGAUCUCUCAGGGUUUGUUUUUAUUGCAAAUGAAAAUUAUUUUAUUAUGCCUGAAUGUUGAUGAGUCAUAGUAUAGCCUGUUGCCAUGUUAGCUUAAUAUUUUUUUUUUUUUGAGUUGAAGUAUUUUAAAGAGAGAAUUGUGUUAAAUUCUGACAUGAAAAUAUACAGUGAUAUUAGUUUAGUUAUAGUUUUACCCUUUUUCCAUUUGGGUUUGUAAAUAUCCUGUUGUGGAGAAACUUUUUAAGAUGUAGUCCUUAGCCUACAUGACAUUUGCUGUUAAAAUAAAGCCUAAUAAAUAAAAU